AAUGUUCAUUCCUGUAAAACUUUUGCAGCUACGCUGACACACCACUUAAGAACAGGUUCAGGGCAGGCCUAGUUUCACUGAACGUGUCCAGCUCAGGACAGGAUUCCUACUGCUGCAGAGAGGGGAGAUGUGGCGGAGCUCGGGCCAGAGGUGCUGUUCUUGACCUAAGAGGUCCACCUUUCUUGACCCGGGAAGCUCCAGGCUGGAGCCUUUUUCAGUUGACUCAGCUACAUGCCUCCUAACUUCCAUGUUUCUCUUUUGAAGGUACUCAGAUGCUGCUGGAGGCAUGUGCUCGUGGUAAUGUUCAGCACUUCAUCUACACCAGCACCAUAGAGGUGGCAGGCCCAAACUGCAAGGGUGACCCAAUUUUCAACGGUGAUGAAGAUACACCUUAUGAGAGUACAUCCCAAUUUCCUUAUGCUCAGAGCAAGAGGCUGGCCGAGGAAUCUGUGCUGAAGGCAGACGGCCAGAUGUUGAAGGAUGGAGGCGUGCUCGUGACCUGUGCCCUGAGAUCCAUGUACAUUUUUGGAGAAGGAUGUCCAUUUCUUCAAGGUCAUUUGGAUAAGUGUCUACUGAAUAAAAACGUCUACCUGCGUUUCUCCAGGAAGGAGGCUUUAGUAAACCCUGUGUACGUGGGGAACAUUGCCUGGGCACACGUGCAGGUGGCCAAAGCUUUGCAGGUCCCACAGAAAGCCAGACACAUCAGGGGGCAGUUCUACUACAUCUCAGAUGACACUCCUCACAUGAGCUACGCAGACCUAAAUUACGAGCUGACCAAGGAGCUGGGCUUUGGAAUUGAGCCCUGGCUCCCCAUGCCUCUGACAAUGCUGUAUUACUUCUCACUGCUGCUGGAGAUGGUGAGCUUCGUGCUCAGGCCCUUUGUCAGGUACAUCCCCUCAACCAACCGCCACCUGGUCACUCUGCUGAACACCCCCUUCACUUUCUCCUACAGAAAGGCACAAAGGGAUUUUGGCUACGUGCCCCGUUACACGUGGGAAGAGGCAAAGAGGUACACCAGCCAGUGGAUUGCCUCCAUUGUCCCACAGAGGAGGGAGUACUUAAAAAGCAAGAAAGCCUAAAUGCUAA